AUGGAAUUAGGAUUUCCGCCCUACUGCAGACAUCCCGGUGCCAGCGAAGUCGUCCUCAUUCGUCCUUCAUAUUGUGUCAGUUGUCGUCGGCAAACAGAACACGCCAACCCUCCACAACUGCGCGUGCUGAGAAAUGGGCGUCCGGCUGCGAUGUCUUUCUGUUUUUUCUGUCACAAAAAAAGGAUACGAUUGGUAUCGUUUAGUUGGUUUCACGCCAAAACCGGGAACAGGGUGGUUCUGAAGAGGAAACAUUUAAGACGGACAAGAUAUCGUAAGACUCGAUAG